CGCACCGCUCCGGCUUCCUUCUCAUUUCAGCAGUCAGGUGUACUUUACGCGCUUCCCUGCGUCUUGUAAACACUAGGUAUAUUAUACAUUUUGCGUGCAUGUGUUUGUCUCAGUAAAGUGCUGUUCAUUUGAAGUCACAGAACAGUGUGUUUGUUCCGUCAUUCGUUUUGUUCAUUGAUUCAUUAAUGUCUUGACUUGUCAUGUGGUAUGUCAUCAUAGUGCAAGGUGUUUUGAAGACAUAUUUGGAUUAAUGCCUGGCAGAUUAAGAUGGAACUGUCUAAAUCUAUCACACACAAGAACGGGAGGCAGAGGAAGCCUAUGGUGUCUAACUCGGAUAUGUGGGCGAGGGAGUCCAAGCUAGAAGUUGAGGAUGAUGAGGAGACUCUUCUUCCAAACUCAGGCAGGGUUGAUGGACAAGCGAAAGUGUCUAAUGGGAUCAAAGGAGAACUAGGCAAUGUGGCCCUGUUAUUGUUCUUGUAUGUUCUUCAGGGCAUUCCUCUAGGCCUGGCCGGGAGCAUCCCUCUCAUCAUGCAGAGUAAGAGCGUCAGCUACAAGGACCAGGCCUAUUUCAGCUUUGUCUUCUGGCCCUUCAGUUUAAAGCUGUUGUGGGCUCCUCUGGUGGACUCGCUGUACCUGCAGCGGUUUGGCAGGAGGAAGUCGUGGCUAGUGCCCACUCAGUACCUGCUGGGGCUUUUUAUGCUGUACCUGUCAUUCACGGUGGACUCCAUGCUUCAGACGGAUGGACAGAGGGGGCCGGAUGUGAUCACUCUGACCGCGGUCUUCUUCAUGCUGGCUUUCCUCGCAGCCACGCAGGAUAUUGCCGUUGACGGCUGGGCUUUGACUAUGCUGUCCAGGGAGAAUGUGGGUUAUGCUUCCACGUGUAACUCUGUGGGUCAGACGGCGGGAUACUUCCUGGGAAAUGUUUUGUUUCUGGCUCUGGAGUCUGCUGAUUUCUGCAACAAGUAUCUGAGGUUUGAGCCACAGGAACAGGGCAUUGUGACACUCUCAGACUUCUUGUUCUUCUGGGGGACUGUGUUCAUGGUGUCCACCACUCUGGUUGCUGUCCUGAAGAAGGAAAACAGCAAACACCUGCACACUAAGAAGAAGCCUAAAGAGGAGACGCAGGGUGUUAUGGAGACUUACAAACUCUUGUUGUCCAUCAUUAAAAUGCCCACUGUCUUUACCUUCUGUGCUCUUCUGCUCACUGCUAAGAUUGGUUUCUCUGCAGCGGACGCCGUGACGGGGCUAAAGCUAAUGGAAGCUGGGGUUCCUAAAGAGCAGCUGGCUCUGCUGGCAGUUCCCAUGGUGCCUCUGCAGAUCCUGCUGCCUCUGGUUAUUAGUAAAUACACAGCUGGUCCACGUCCACUCGAUGUUUUCUACAAGGCCUUCCCAUUCAGGCUGUUGAUUGGUCUAGAGUACGCCCUGCUGGUCUGGUGGACCCCGAGUGUUCGGCAGGAGGAGGGAUUUCCACUGUAUUAUUACGCUGUUGUGCUGCUGAGCUACGCUUUACAUCAGGUGGCACUAUACAGCAUGUAUGUUGCCUGCAUGGCCUUCCAUGCUAAGGUCAGUGACCCUGUGAUAGGUGGCACCUACAUGACCCUUCUGAACACUGUGACUAAUCUAGGAGGGAACUGGCCCUCCACUCUCGCUCUGUGGCUGGUGGACCCUCUGACCUCUAAAGAGUGUCAGGGAGCCUCUGGGCAGACGUGCGGCUCUGUUGAAGAAGCAGAGCUCUGUGUCCGAGAGGGUGGCGCGUGUGUGACGGCAUUGGACGGUUACUACGUGGAGUCUGUGGUGUGUGUUCUGAUUGGUCUCUGCUGGUGGAUCUUCUUCGGAAAGAAAAUUAAGCGGUUACAAGAAGAGAGUCCCUCUUCGUGGCAUUGCAGGGUUACCAAAUAACAAUCUCUAUUGGACUCUUUUGUGUCUUGUUUUUAAGUUACUCCAUGCCUUGGCCUCUCUUUCCCCCUCUGAGUAACUGCUUGUUUUUGUCACACUACAGCAGGCCUGUAGUCAGGCUUUAAACUCUUUAAGGACUAAAAUAGUUGAAUUAUUAAAUUAUUAUCAACAUAUCCGUUCCAUUAUCCCCAAAAACCAGAGCUUUGAUUCAAAAUUGAACAUCUAUACAGCUAGAGAUACACGAUACAUGAGAGUAACAGCAUGACAUUCACUGAUCAGUUGCCUAUUUAAUCAAGCAUUUGUUUUACAAAUACUUGAGGUCCUGUGCCUUGCACAUUUCUGUUUUAGUAUGAUACAGGUUUUUUUCUAAAAAACAAAACUUGAGUGUUCUGAUAUCAUACAUGAAUGAUGAAGCAGUUGCUACAUUCACAUUUCAGCUUGUGUUUUUUUUUCCUCAAAAAGAAUUGAUUCUAAUUGAGCACUGACAUCAACUAUCACGUGAUUGUGAAUGAAACUGGUUGUAGUACUACUGAAAUUGGUUACAGAGAUGAAAAUGUUUAUAUUAAGUUCAUUGUGUUCUCUUAUGUUUAUAAAUCACUGACUUUAGCAAGGCCAGGAAAAAAAAUAUAGAUAGAGACUUUACGUUUUCUCAUCUUAUUUUUAAUUAUUUUUUUUUUUUUUUUCAGUGUAUUUUUAUGGCCAGUGGUUUUAAUGCAGUUUGAAAGUGUGUGACUUAACUUUCUGUUCAUGAAGCCAACUAUUUUUUGUUACUUUUCAAAAUCCAUGGCAACAAAGUUAAUCAUUAGAUUUUCUGUAAAUUAUUUAGGGUACGUUUACACGACAACAAUGUACUAAAAACAGGAGUUUUCCCUUGCGUUUUUCACGUAAGUUACGGACGACAUUAUAAAAACGAUCUUCGUUCACAUGGAUCCGCGAAAACGACCAAAAACGCUGCUUCAUUUCAGUAAACUGAAUUUACGCUUCACUAGGAAUAACUGUCAAUUUUACAAUGUCUUAUUUCAGAAAAGUAACCAUUCUUUAUGGCGAAUUUGGCCGGAAAAAGUGAGCUACGAAAGACCCUUCGAAACGAGAAACAGCACUUAUACGCAUGCGCAAGACGUCACAGUUUCCACAGAUUCGCGGUUUUGUAGUUUACACAAAGACGACAACGUUAUCAUUUAAAAUAAAAACAUGCACUUUGAAACCAGUUUUCAAAUGUUUGGUUUUCAGGCCACCAAAACGCCGCUGUCGUGUAAAUGAAUGGUGAAAACACAUAAAAAGUUUCCCGAUUUUAGUUGAAAACGGUGUCGUGUAAAUGCACCCUUAGAUUUCAGCUGUGGAGCGGAAAUCAGAAUAAAAUCUGUUUUUGUUUGACGUGGAUAAUUAUACAAUCACCAGCACUUUUAUUAUAAGUUGGUUCUCAAUGAACAGGGAAAAAUUAUAAAGAUCGUUCACCCAAAAAUGACAAUUCUGUCAUUAAUUCGCUCAUCUUCGUGUUAUUUCAAACCUGCCAGUCUGACUAGGAUCAUCUUAUGGUGUUCCACGGAAAUAGAAAGCCAAAAGUUUGAAACAACAUGGUCUGAAUGACAAAAUUUUCACUUUUGAGUAAACUAUCCCUUUAAAAUACUGCACUGUACUGCUAUACAUUUGUUUUUGUAACGCUCAUUAAAUAUUCUUUCAUUUUUUUUUUGUCAUAUAAUGGGGAGAGAGGUUUGAGGAGAGGGUAGUUGGACUUGUAAAUACUUGUAACUGUUCCACUUUUUUUUAUCAACAUUCCCAAAGUAUGUAAAAUAAAUAAAUAAAUAAAUACAACUCAAUAAAGGCAUAUCUUAUAUACAAAUAAGUAAAAUGAA